UGUUUUAAAAUUGAGUUGACGAUGGUCAGCACUUAGCCAAACAACAGUGGGCCAUGCUGAUCUGGAGCAAGUCCAUAUUCAUUAAUGGAAUUAGGUCUUUUGGAACUGAGUCUACUCAUGCUGAAAUCCAGGAUUGUGGAUGAUGAGCCUGGUUUGUGCCUUUUGCUGUGCUCCUGGUGAAGGGAGCAGGAUCCCUCUGCUGCAGCUGGUUUUAGUCACUACAGGAUUCCAGGAAGGCUAUAAUUUGCUUUCUGUACGUUAAAGCAGUCUUGAGAUUGCUGCUGUGGAUUCAAUAGCACCUGCUGGCUGGGGAACCUGGGGGGGGGUACAGAAUAGAAUAAAGGUCCUUGCCUCCUUCUGUAGGUAGUAAAACAAGCAUUCAGACAGGAUGCAGUACUUCUGGUUCUGCUGCAUAUUGCUCUUUCUUCAUUGUGGACAAUGGAUGGCAGUAAAUAGGUGAGAAUAAUGGGCGAGUUGAGUAGUUAGAGUGUCACAGUGAUUUGUUAGUAAAAUGCGUGAAGAUGCACAGAAGGUCUUGUCACUGGUGAGUAAAACAUAAUUUUGUCAGGAAACUGAAACGUGUGUUUCCAGGAGAUCUUGUUGCAAAAAGAUUUAUGCUCCUAUUUUCUCAGAAUCCACGUUUUUGUAAAAGUCGGUGGGCAGAUGGGACAGUGGCACUGGCAGGGUUACUAGGAAUGCUUCUUUGUAUGUUAAACCUUUUCUGUGUGAGUAGCCCUAGAAUAAGUGUGAUCUCAAUGUAGUUUUCCUGGCAGAGCCUAGCAGUCCAAUAUAAAAUUUUAGAGCACAGUAGUAAUUCAUAACAUAGUUUGCAAUGUUGAUGAUAUAAAGUGAGGAGGAAAUAAUCUUUCAUAGAGCAGCUGUAAUGCUAAGGGGAGCCUGGGUCCUAUAAAACUGUAGGCCAAAUGUCUCAGAAAAAUACAGGAGUUGUAUUUCAGAGUACCUGCUUCUUACUUUUUGGAUGGAAAAUAUUAUGUUGCUUAAGUGUAAAUAUAUCACAGUAAGGAGUAUGCAGGGGACAUAAAGCACAUAAAGAAGUUCACCUGUCUUCUCCUGUCCUCAGGUUCACUCACUUCUCAUAUGAGUGAGUGAUUUUUUGUAAGUGCAUUGAAGUCCUGUUGACUGAUCUGUUGUGUGGUCAUCUACAUAUGUCCUCCUUUUAUGGUAGUGGAUGUAAUUUGACACAUAAUUCUGGACAUUUAUUACAUUCUCUGUAUAGAAUUCUUUACCUCUAGUAUUGAUUUGCCUUCUCAGCAGCAUUUUUCUUUCAUCAGUAAGGCAUGAAAUGGUUGGAUUUUUCUGAUGAGUCAUAUGGCAAAAUGAAGCUACUGUCUUUAAAGUCUCAUCCACAGGAGCUUUUCCAUAGUAUAGAUAAACUGUUUGAGAAGUGGGGAGAAAAGACUUUUUCCAACCCUCAGUCAGUACAGUGGUAGUGAUAAGAGCUUCUUUAAACUGGUUUAAACUGGGACUGAAACAGGAAUAGUUUUGUCCAUGACAGUUGCAUUUGUGUCGAUGUAAUCAAACCAGGAUAUGGCCUUAAUACCAUCCUUGUGUUUGUUUGUUGUAGUUUUUUUUAAUAGAAUGCUUUCUUUUUCCAGAUAACAACACUGGCCAAUGUACUGUGUACUUUUAAUUUCAGGAGGUGGAAAAAUAAGAAACAAAAUGAAACCUCUGCAAAAGGUCUGCCGUUUCAAGAGCCUGCUUGCCAAUUGCUGCUGUCCCAGCCAACUUGACAGCUGUCUUCUCCCUCCUGUUGCAAAGAAGAGAGGCUGCAUGGUGGGACUGCACAGCCAUGGAUUUUGGAGGCCAAAGCCUUUAUUGGACACAGCUAGAUUCACUCUGUCUUUUAACAGUUGGCACAGGAAAAACCAUCAGGAUUCUCAAGCUUUGUGGAAGAAUGAGGCUGUGCAGAAGUAUCUGGAGUCUCUCAGCAGGGAGUACCAGCAGGUUAGUCAUCAGUUAAGUGCACACUCAUUAAAUGACUUUGAGCAAAGAACCCUGAGGAGAAGAUGUGCCGAUCUGUCCCCCAUUGCAGCUGCGUUUCAAGAAAUCAAAGAGGCUGAAAGAGAAGUUCAGGAGUUAGAAGCGAUGUGCACAGAGCUAGACAGCAGAGAUGAGAAACAACUUCUAGAGCUUGCCUUAGAAGAGAAGGAAAGCCUGGAUAAAAAAAUGAACAUGUUGUGCAGAAAGCUUUUCCAGCUUCUAGUGCCAAAGGAAAAAUAUGAUACAAGUCCUGUCAUAUUAGAAGUGACAGCUGGCAGAACAACUGGAGGGGACAUCUGCCAGCAGUUCACUAAAGAAAUGUUUGACAUGUACCAGAGCUACGCUGACUACAAGCGUUGGACCUUUGACAUCGUGAACUAUACCCCAGCUGAGAUAGGAGGUUUGCAUCAUGCUGCUGCUCAUAUUUCAGGAGAGAAUGUCUACAGGCAUCUGAAAUAUGAAGGAGGGACUCACCGAGUGCAGCGAAUCCCUGAGACGGGCUUGUCAUCAAGAAUGCAGCGUAUUCACACUGGGACAAUGUCAGUCAUUGUCCUCCCUCAGCCAGAGGAGGUUGAUGUUAAAGUGGAUCCCAAAGAUCUGCGCAUAGAUACGUUCAGAGCCAAAGGAGCAGGAGGGCAACACGUUAACAAAACUGACAGUGCUGUGAGGAUUGUGCACCUUCCUACAGGGCUGGCAGUGGAGUGCCAGCAGGAGCGCUCGCAGCAGCUGAACAAGGAAAUCGCGCUGCGGACACUGAGAGCCAAGCUCUACCAGCAGGUCCUUGAGAAGCAGCUCAGUCAGGAGCAGAGUGCCAGGAAGCUGCAGUUGGGAACAAGAGCCCAGUCAGAGAGAAUUCGUACUUACAACUUCACUCAGGACAGAGUGACUGACCACAGGAUCUCAUAUGAUGCACGCAAUAUCAAGGAAAUUCUAAGUGGGAAAGAAGCACUGGAUAAGCUAAUCAACAGACUGCUGGAGUUUGCAGAGAUAGAGGCUGUCACCCAAUAUCUAGAAAAUUUGCAGGCUUUAGAAGGAGGAGGCUGAAGACCUCAAGUAGAAUUAAAAGAGAAUUAUUGUGUUUGGUAAUCGAAUAAAACCGAUAUGUUUGUUAGAUGAUAUGUUGAUUAAAACCUAUUUCUCUGUUUUUCA